AUGGGCGUGUCUGCCAUCAGGGUCGCAGGCUGUAUCGCCGCCACGUACAGCCAGCGUCGUCUGGUUGGAGACGCGGAAAAGCUGCCCAUCAUGCAGUUCAGCACGCAACAGCGACCGAUCCUGAAAGCGCUAGCGCACGGAGAAGUCUUGCAUGCCUACGCGAAGUGGAGCGUUGGCGAAUUUAUGAAUCCGAGGCAUAACGCCGACGUCCGCAGAGGGAUCGCCACUGCCUUCAAGGUGCUGGUGGUCCGGUCGUCUCGUCUGCUCUCGGAGCUAGCGGAGCGAUGCGGCUGGCAAGGAUUGUACGCGCAUAACCAGAUAAGCGAACUCGCGUCGACCUUUCAGGGAAACUCCGUGGCCGAGGGCGAUACUCUGGUCAUCAGCAUCCGCCUAGCUUCCGAAAUCCUGAUGAACAAAUACCGCCUUCCACAGGCGACCGACCCGAAAAGACCUCUUGCGCUGUACGAGAACGGAAUACUCGAGGAGGCCGUGAGCCAAACGGCCCUUACAUCGAACCUGUCCCGUAGCAUCAGGGGCGCGUCCUACAAUGAUAGCGUUCUCCCCCGAUGUAGAGCGAUUGUGGAGGCCAUCGGACAGCGCAUGGCAUACGAGGCCGCGAAGGCGCAAGGUAACAUUGUUACUGAAGUGCUCGACUUAUUUGAGGCGUCUUGUAUCCAGGAAGAUUCCAGCUGGUUUGUCGAGCACGGCUACGGUACCCGGUCUAUGUUCUGGGACAAUGAGAAACGAGCAUAUGGCAGCCUUCUGCCCCUCUUGCCCUCGUUGGUGGACAGAGCAAAUGCGAAAGCAUACAUCACGGCCCCGUUGAUCGACGAGGCAUCCAGGAACGCAUUCAUCAAGGGGUUGCCGGCGUUUGGCGCCAGUAGGGAUGACGUUAUAGCAGAGCAGGCGCCAAAGUCGAGACUUUGA